AUGAGAGCUAUUGAUUUGAGAAGAGUUCUUGCUCGUGUUCCAGAAGAAAUGAGUGAUCGUCAUGCGUUUUUAGAAACUAUUAAGAUCAUUGCUUCAUCGAUCAAGAAGUUGCUUGAAGCGAUUAACGCUGUGUACCAUAUAGUUCCUCCAAGUGCACAACAAGCUGUUGAAAAAAGAAAACGGGAAUUUGUUCAUUAUGCUAAGAGAUUCAGUGACACCUUAAAAACAUAUUUUCGUGAUCAAAACGCAACUCAGGUUACUGUUUCCGCCAAUCAACUUGUCUUUCAAACUUCUCUGAUCGUCAGAACUAUCAAUGACAAGCUUCGAAGAGCUUAA